UACAGAUAUUACUUUUCAAAAAGAGGAAUAUUGCCAAAUUCAAAUUUUAAAUUAUUGUUGUGAGACAUGGUGUUGCAAUAAAGCCAAAGACAAUGAUGUGCUUGCUUUUACUACUCACCUUGCCUCGUUGAGUGGCUUCAGAUUACUUUGCAUAUGCCGGAAGCAGUUGACCAAGCAACAAAGAGAAAGAGACAGAAAAUUUUUAUCAUGGAGGAAGAGCCUUUAAUGAAGACAAAUGAAAGGGAUUUAUAUGACGAUUUCCAAAAGAGCAAACAGUUUAGCAAUGAAGAUGUUGAGACGCCCGAGGAUCGCAAGCUAAGAAAAAGGUCAAUGCGUGUCAUCUACUUGAUUUCCUUUUUUGGUGCAAUAGCGUAUACAAUUACAAUGCCGUCACUCUGGCCCUAUAUGAAGAAGCUUGAUCAGUUCGUGAAACCAUGGUAUCUGGGAAUGGCCAAUGGCGGCUAUAGUCUUGGACAGCUGAUUGGUUCGGUUACUUUUUGUGCAUGGCACCACACCCAUGGAGCCCGCACGCCUCUUCUUGCAUGCAUUCUGCUCAAAUUCUCUGGAGAUUGCUUGUAUGCUCUUGCAGCAGCAUUUACUGGAAGCAAUGGAUUAACCAUGGUCAUAGUGGCAAGAUUUGUAACUGGUUUGUCUAAUGGUCAAGCGGUUGUUUGUUCCACUGUCUUGGCACAAUCAUCAACUCUGAAGGAGAAAAAGAUUACUUUCGCUUACCUCUCUACAUUAUACGCUUUAGGACAUGCAGCUGGGCCAGGGCUUUCAGCUUUUUUUGCAAUCGUCCUCAAGAAUGAAUAUCGCCAUUUGUUUAUUAUUCUUAACGUUUUCAACGCUCCUGGCUGGCUCGGAAUGUUUUUGCAGUUUACUAGUUUCACAUCAGUAUUGAUCUGGCUCAAGGAGUACAACUUAAAUAGUAAGAGUGACAAAGAAAUAAAGCAAGGGAAUUUGCCAAAGCCGGACAUAUUUGCUCUGAUUUUGGUCGCAGUUUCUUAUUUCGUUAUCUACGUGGUGUUUUCAGCAGUUGAAACGCUAACAGCUCCUCUAAUGGCAGAUGAACUAGCAAUGACAAAACGCGCGGCAGUUUUCAAUGCUGGCAUGCUGUUAUCUUCCCUUGGACCAAUUGCAAUUUUAUCACUUGCUUUUGUCAAGUAUUCAUCUAAAAGAAUGAGUGAAAGGCAAGUAAUUUUGGUAGGAUGUACAAUUGGAUUGGUGGGCUUUAUCAUAUUCUUACCCUGGGGAUACACAUAUCCAACUCUUCAAACAACAGAGGUUAGCAAAGUCGGAAAUCUGACCCAAUUUCGUUUAAAGGAAGGAUGUCCAGCAAAGUACCAGUGGUGCAAAAAUACUCCAAAAAUACACCUUGAGCAGUUAAUAAUUGCUGAAUUGAUGGCUUUGAUUGGCUACACAUUGCCAUAUCUAGUUAUAAAUGGACUGUAUUCAAAAGUUGUUGGACCAAGGAAACAGGGUUAUUAUCUUGCUGCGCUGUUUAUAAGUGGGUGUAUUUCAGGGAUCACAUCACCAUUGCUACUGGCGUAUAUUUACGAACAUUUGGGACCCAGAUAUGUAUUCAUUACAAUAGCUUUCGUGUUAUCACUUUUUAUUUUAGUCUUCACUUAUUUCUAUAGCAGACUUGUACCUUUUGAAGAGUAUAUUAAGAAGAACUAGAAUAUAGAAAAUAAAUUUUUUGAGCUUUGCUACAGUUUUAUGACUAAUAAAAUUACUACUUAAAAAAAAUUAUCAAACCGUUUACCUAAGAUCUAGUGUAUCUUUUUUUCGUUUUUUAUCAAUUCAGCAGUUAACGAAUGUUAACUACAGAGACAACUUUUGGAAGGGAACCAAGAUAUUUGAGUAAAUGUGAAUUUAGCCGUUUACACAUGCUUUAUCAAUGUAUUCUGAACAAUCAGAUUUGAUAUUAAAGUUUAGUUUUUAAACAUCGUCUUCUGAGAUAAUGAUGCAAUAUUCAAUAUUAAUACCAGUUGACAAUUGCUAUAAGAACCAGCAUUUGAAAACAUAUACUUAGAGACACCAAAUUCUCUUUAGUUUUCUUCUCAGUAAUUUCUUGAAUUUUUUUAUAUAAUCACACCAUUGUGGUGGUAAAUAUUAAUUUUGAAAAUCAUUUAAGACAUUUACAGCAAAAUAUAAGCAAAAAUUGCUCUUCUACUCUAAUUUUCAGUAUUAUAUUUUACCUUGAGUUUAAUUGUUCUCAGUUAUCCCUGUACAUAGAACCCAUUCUUUGAACGUUUGAGCGUUGAACGUUGAACGUUCUUUGAACGUUUAAAAAAAUUCUCACAAAUAAAAUAAAUUGUCACUUUGCCUCCGGGAAGGAACACGAAAUGAGAGGAAGAAAGGUGCUAGUGUCCAUAGAGAGUUAAGUAACAAAGGACAAAGGGUGUUUUUGUACAUUGGUAAAAGAAAAUGCGCAAAAAAUAAUAUAGAAUCUAUCUUUAGACAGUUUAUUAUGCAUUUUGCUUGCAAAUGAUACAUGGUAUCAAAGUUUUUUUCAAUUUGAAGUGAGUCCAUGCAAGUUCAGGCCCCCGUUUACGUUCUUAACAAUUUUUUGCUAGGUUCUGUCUACUGUGUUAACAUUAGAUGACAGCCUGAAAGAAUCUUCUGUUGUCGAAAGGAUACUGUCUUCUCUUCAUGUUAAAAGAGCUCGCGUGGAAAAUGCUAGGAACUUUAAAACACAACAAGUGAGUUCCUGAAUAGACUUAAAUAGGGUGAAAGGUAGCGAAAAUCUCCAUUCCUGUUUUUAAAAUUCAACCAUGAAUCAUAUGAGCACAUUUAACCGUUGUUAUUUUGCCAUAGCGAAGCAAGUGUGGAAAUUUGAUGAGAGAUAGAGGAUAGUUAUUGCGUUAACUGCUAUUAGGACAGGGUUUUCCAACUUAAUUUCAAGAAGGGACACUUCCAGAAUAACGUGGUAACUUGAGGAGAGGGGCACU